CAAUUCUGUCGCCGAAACAAAUUUUUCGACUCUACCUGACCUUGGAGACCAGGCUGCCACUAUUGUUGGGGCUCGAACUAUGGGUCCGGAGCAGCAAUAUCAACAGUCCGACACCCAGCUUGACGGAAUUUCUGGUGCCGGAGAUUCCGGAAUUCCUUCUGCUGGUAGUGGCCUUUCUAAAUCUGCCUCCUCUGCCUCUAUCGGCCCCUCAACUUCCAUAUCUACUUCUGCUGCAGCAGCCGCUGCCCUCCAAGCCUCUGUCUCGACUUCUGGCCCUGUUUCGUCUACAGCCGCCAACGGUGGGGCUAAUGUAGUUGGUCAGACACCUGUCAGUAGACUGUUCCGAGCCGACCCCCUUGCAGAUCUUGUCCGGCAAAUGCAAGCCGGCUCCAAGCGCAAUGCCUUACUGCGUUGGUGCCAGGCUCGAGUUGCUGGUUACACUGGCGUUGAAGUGACCAACUUUUCGAGUUCAUGGAAUACUGGUCUGGCACUUUGUGCCCUCCUACAUACAUAUUUGCCACAUCGCGUACCCUGGACUGAGCUAGUCACUCCGUCUGGUCAUCCGAUCAAGUAUACAGCCUAUUUGUAG